UCUCUCGUGAGCCAGUGCGUGCAGGGGCAGCUGGAUGUCUUAAUGGACCGCUAUCUCAUUUCAUUACGCGGCAGCUCCCUAGAUUGUGAAAACGUAAGAAGAGUACAGCUUACUUGGUUUUCAUGAUCUCGUCUUUAAGUGAUUUUGUUUAUUCAACUCUGAGUUAGGCAUUAAGGAAGAACGUCGUUGUCUGCGUUACUUUUUGGGGGAAACAACACAUCACUAUCUGUAGCUAGCUAGCCUCUCAUGGGUUUAACCCUCCGGUAACGUUAGUUAUGGUUAGAGACCCGCACCCAGCCACGUAAUACGUCGUCUGUUGAAAUAACACUUUUUGCAUAUCGUCUCAUAAAAAUCUCCUGUUGAGUCACCAGUUACUGAUAUAACCUAGCUACGAUUGGCCGCCCCGGGUAGCUAGUUCCCUGUAGGAUCACUAACGCUCACUAGCUAAGCUAUCUUACACGAACCGACGCACAAAAUUCACAAAAACGUGUGAAGUUCUGUCUGCCACGGCGUGAUCUGGAGAUGGAGUCGCUGGGAUAUAGCUGUCUCUAGCUAGCUUCCUCUCUGUUUGAAAGGGACCGAAGUAGCAACAGCAACACCGAACGAGAGAGAAGACUGGCCAGUGUGGGAAUGAAGGAGGUGAAUUUGUUCCAUCGACGCUUCUCUCUCUGUCCCACGGCCACGUCCCCGCCCAAGAUCGACCCGCGCACGCUCAGCCGUAACCUGUCCUACGGAGGGGACAAUGAGCUGUACUCACUCAGUCCAGGGAAUGAGUCGGAGAGUAACGGUGUUCCCGGGCAGACGGACGAGGUGAGCCCCGCCCAGUCUCCCAGCACCACCUCGGAGUCAAAGAUGUUCAUAGGCCUGGAGAAAGAGAGUUCCUCACCCACUGAAAAGCUGGCAAGAAAGGAAUCUCUAAAGGUACAGAAAAUGAAUUAUCGUCAGGAAAAAAAGAGGGCGACCAAAGAGUUAUUCAGCGCUCUUAAAGACCCCAGUGUGGUCAUAAUGUCUAACUGGUUAAAGAUCCGGGGAACUCUGAAGAGCUGGACCAAGCUGUGGUGUGCUCUGAAGCCCGGAGUCCUCCUGAUCUAUAAAAGCCAGAGCUUGGAGCACUGGGUGGGGACCGUGUUGCUCAACGCCUGCAAGUUGAUUGAACGGCCAUCAAAGAAAGAUGGCUUCUGUUUCAAACUCUACCACCCCUUAGAAAAGUCCAUCUGGGCCAUGAAGGGCCCUAAAGGAGAGACAGUUGGCUCCAUCACGCAACCUCUUCCUAGUAAUUACCUGAUCUUUAGAGCUGCAUCUGAGACUGACGGCCACUGCUGGAUGGACGCGCUGGAGCUGGCCCUCAGCUGCUCCAGCUUCUAUAAGCUCACGGCCAAGAGCAGCAGAGACGGAGACCUGAGCAGCUCCUCCGACUCCUCUAAUAUACUUCACCUCCUGCAGUCUACUGCCCUCACUGACCAGGAACUGCUCCAGUUGAACGACUCAAUGCUGGAAAACAGUCACAUGGAGAACGACGGCUACUCUGACAAAUCUGAGCGAGAGGCCCAUGAGGACUCAGACACCGCAGCCAAUGACACCGGUGGACGGCUGACCGAGGAGAGUGAUAUGGACCAAUCAGAUGACCUUUCUCCUUUCCUCCAGGCAACUGCCUAUGUAGAACAGGACGAGGAGGAGAUGGGAGAGGCCGGCGAGGCAUCCCAGGUGGAGACCGUGUCCGAGGAGAACAAGGGCCUGAUCUGGACGUUGCUGAAGCAGCUGCGGCCGGGCAUGGACCUGUCCAAAGUGGUCCUGCCCACUUUCAUCCUGGAGCCGCGAUCCUUCCUGGACAAGCUCUCGGACUACUACUACCACGCCAACCUACUGUCCCAGGCAGUGACGGAGGAAAGUCCCUACUGCAGGAUGAAGCAAGUCUUGCGCUGGUACCUGUCAGGCUUUUACAAGAAACCCAAGGGGCUGAAGAAGCCGUACAACCCCAUCCUUGGGGAGACGUUUCGUUGCUGCUGGCUGCACCCACAGACCGACAGCUGCACCUUUUACAUAGCAGAGCAGGUGUCCCACCAUCCCCCGGUCUCGGCCUUCUACAUCAGCAAUAAGAAAGACGGCUUCUGCAUUGGCGGUAGCAUCCUGGCCAAGUCGAAGUUCUAUGGCAACUCUUUGUCAGCAAUACUGGACGGGAAGGCUAGACUGUUGUUUCUGACCCGUGAUGAGGAGUAUGUGAUUACAAUGCCAUAUGCUCACUGCAAAGGUAUUCUGUAUGGGACCAUGACUUUAGAGCUGGGAGGCAAUAUCACCAUAGAGUGUGAAAAAACCAAGUACUGUGCUGAGCUUGAAUUUAAGCUGAAGCCUUUCCUGGGCAGUUCGUGUAACGUUAACCGGGUUUCUGGAAAGAUCCGGAUGGGAGAGGACGUGCUGGCCACCGUGGACGGACACUGGGAUGGAGAGGUGCUUCUCCAUGAGAAAAGGACUGGCCACCAGGGGGUGCUGUGGAGCCCCAACGCUGGGGUGCGCAAGCAGAGGCUGAGGAGACAGGUGGUCCAGCUCGAGCAGCAGGGGCCCUUUGAGUCAGAGAGGCUGUGGACACAUGUGACCAGCGCCAUUAUCGCCAAGGACCAGAACAAAGCCACACAGGAGAAGUUUGUCCUGGAGGAGACGCAGAGGCAGGAGGCACGGGAGAGAGGAGAGAGGCCCUGGUGCCCGCGCCUCUUCACCCUGAACACCGACACCAGCGAGUGGCAGUACAAAUACGCAGACACUAAGCCGUGGGAUUCUGACUCCUGCCUGGUUCAGUUUGAGAAAGACGGAAUCAUCCAGGCCAAAGUCAGGCCCCGCCGCCAACAUGGCGCCUUCACCUACAGCCAUACCUGGACCGGUCAGCAGAAGGCCCAAGUGAAUGGGAAGCACAGAAAAUCAAGCAGCCAGCCUUCCAGCUGCAGUCAAAACACAGAAAGCAGCAGCAGCAGCACACCCGAGCCCACACACGAGUCCUCCGACAACGAAGGCUUUUUGAGCCAGUGUGCCAGAUGUAAUAAGGAGGUGAAGGACCUUGCUCUCAUUGAAGCCUCCAUUGCCUCUAUACAAAAAUCACAGCAAGACAUUCAGAAGAACCUGAGAGCGUUGAGUGGUCAGUUGGCACGGCGCACACAGCAGGGUGAGAGUCUGAGUGGCCACCACUGCUUCAUCCUCUGCGUCCUACUGCUUUUCCAGCUCCUCAUAAACUACGUCUUCACCUGAGAGGUCAUCACCUAGUUGCUUAGAGACUGACACUAGCAACUGUUGCCUAGCAAUAAACAAAACCAAACUACCACCACAACACGUCUCCUGAAUGACCGUAGCUAUAUCACUAGGCACCAAGCACUUCGAAAUCAGAAAGAGAAACAGACACUUAACAGCAAUGAACGAAACGGAUUGAAGUGUAAAUGUCGCCCUGUCACUCUUGCUAAUGGAUUGUGUGUUUUAUACUUCUUUGCAAUACUGUUGAUGUUUUUUUGUUUUUGUUUUUUUGGGACACAUUCAGGCCCUAUGGGCGGGUGUGUGUGUGUGUGUGUGUGUGUGUGUGUGUGUGUGUCUCCAUGUCCAUGUCCCCACUCCCUUCCACUUAAGAUACUGGGCCUUAAUGCUUACGCCAAAUAGAAAGGACAAUGGAAGAGUAAUCCAUGGAAAACCAGUCACCAGUGCAAUGUUGUGUGCUUCUGUCUCCUGUGUCUGAUCACCCAGAGCACAACUCCUCUUCAGUGGUUUUACCAAAACAGUAUUCCUCCGUAGUUAGAAGUGCAUCUGUUUACGUGCUUGUUUCUGUACCCUCCACACUAAAGAAAAGUAAAUGCAUUCUGUUACCAAAUAAAGCAGAUUGCAUUGUUCUGGAUGAAGGAAUGUGACGCCAACACAGACCUCCAGUGGGCACGCUGCCAUGGGCUACUGAAACCUUACAGGGGCCUGUGCCACCCUGAGGACCUAAUUGGUUACAUCUGAAGGUCUUGAAUUAUGAAGUGAAGUUUGUGAAUAUAAAUAUGAUAAGGAAGGUUCUCUUAUUGAAUAUGUAUAUAUUUGGAAUGCCAUUUCAAAUGAAAUCGAGAAUUGUAUUUAUUUGAUUUAUUUUAUUUUUUUUUCCCUUGUUUUUAAUCAUACUGUUUUAAAAUUGAUGCAUUAGACUCAUUGUGGUUUUCUGGGAGCAAUACAGUCGCGGCUCUUCUGCAAAGGCUGGAGAACAGAGGUACUGAGACAUCCUGCUCGCACUCCUGCUACUACUGUAAAUACAUCAGCUACAUGUUGGCGCCCUGCUGUUGGGAGUUGAGUUUGAGCACAGUGAUGUUCUCUUAUAGCUGAUGUGAGAUUAGUGUGCUUGGUUAUCUUAAGUACAUUUCAAUACAUGGGGUUCUAAAAACAGGACUGGAUAAGUCUGCUGGGAGUGCUUUGCUUCGUUUGGUUUUGUUUGUUUGUUUUGUUUUACUGCACCCAGUAAAAAACAUUCUAAAUAGGAAAUGAAACAUAUGGCUCACUGAAAUGAAACAAAUGACUCAAUGUUGAUAUUUCUUGCAUACUGCAGCACUACAGUAAACUUUUACAUUUUGA